AUGCCUCGACAUCCCAGGCAGUCCCGGUUGUCCGACACGACGUCGUCUUAUUUUCAUGGUCCUUCCCGUGCUCCUAACAGUUCCUCGUCCGCCGCCAGCCGGCGGCCUCCUCGUGACGCUUCCGAUGGCGGCAGCUCAAUGACUGCAACCCCGUCUAUAGUCGGCACAGUAUCAAGCACAGCCAAGUCCAAUAUCACGGCCGGUGGAUCGCGUCCAUCGACCAGUGUCUCCGGGCGCAAGUCGCGAACUGGUACUCUGUCUACAAUGUUGGGGGCAAGUGACCAACAAACAAUCAUUUGCGCCGUUGCUGAGUCUCGUGGCAUUUCGCCUUCUAUUGGGCUCGCCCUUGUGAAUAUUACACUUGGUGAGGCUGUGUUGAGCCAGAUAUGCGACAAUCAAUCAUACGUCAAGACGAUCCAUAAGCUACAGAUAGCAGGUCCAUCUAGAAUUGUCUUGAUGUCGACUGCUUGCCCGCCCAACAGAGACAGUGUUCUCUAUACCUUGAUUGAUGAGCUCAUACCUGAUGCAGAUAUCGAAGUGUUUGACAGAUCCGCCUGGUCGGAAGCAGACGGCCUCGAAUACAUAGACAACCUGGCAUUCAAGAGCGAUAUCGACCCCAUGAAGAACCUUGACAAACCCAAGUCCAAGGACAGUCUCUUUGGGCUGUUGAACCAAACCAAGACGCCAAUGGGAUCGCGCAUGCUUCGCAACAAUAUUCUUCAGCCUCCAACAAAGUAUGACACUUUUAUCAAACCCCGCUACGAAGCCUUGGAGGAGCUUACGAGUGAGGAAGAAAUGUUUCAUGCGAUGAUCACUAUAUCCACCAAGUCGAGUAUCUCCCACGCCGAAGAGCAAAUUAAUCACAUCAUUCUUAUAAAAACCUUUCUUGAGUCAGUGCCGGAGCUCUACCAAGCGCUGGCUGAAUGCAAUAGCGCGCUUCUUCUCAAGAUUCGAGACAUUUGCCACCCCGACACGACAGAACCUAUUUUAUUCCGGGUUCAUCAGGUCGUAGAGGCUGAUGUCACGUAUAUGACUUCGCCGCUCGACAUGCGCAAUCAGAGGACGUAUGCCGUCAAGGCUGGUAUCAAUGACAUGCUAGAUGUUGCACGACAAACGUACAAAGAACUAACCAAUGAGAUCCAUCUUCAUGUGAACGACAUCCAAGCCCAGCACGGUAUUCAGCCGACUGUCAAAUUCGACCAUGGACGCAAGUAUUGGCUGCGCAUUAAAUCAGGGGACCUCAACAAAGACACAUUACCUCAAGUCUUCAUCAACGUCAUCAUGUUUGAGGGCUUUGUUCCGAAUGAUUACUACGCGACGCCGCAGCACCGUUUCCAUAUUGUAACGGGAUGCAAUAUGGCAGGCAAGACUACCUACAUCAGAGCUAUCGCACUGCUGCAAAUAAUGGCCCAAAUCGGAUGCUUUGUUCCGGCUGAAUAUGCGUCUUUCCCCGUAGUGCACAAUCUGUUUGCGCGAGUGUCGUUGACCGAUAAUCUCGAAGCGAAUCUCUCCACAUAUUCUCUCGAGAUGCGGGAAAUGGCCUUCAUCCUACGAAAUGUAAACGACAAAAGUUUGGUGAUAAUUGAUGAACUAGGCCGCGGCACGUGCCCCAGGGAUGGCCUGGCAAUGGCAAUUGCAAUGUCAGAAGCACUUAUACAGUCGGGUGCCUUUGUUUGGUUUGCAACUCAUUUUGUUGACCUGACUCGGGUUUUAGAGGAUCGCCCAGGCGUGCUGAGUUUGCAUUUAGCCUCUGAGCGGUCAAUCUCAGAUGAAGGCGAACCACGACUGGUCAUGCUCUACAAGGCAAAAUCUGGUGUUGUCGACACAAACGAGCAUUAUGGAAUCGAUUUAGCACGGGCCAUUGGGUUUCCGGAAUCCUUUACUAAACGAGCCGAAGAGGUGGCAAACGCACUGCGGCAACGAAGAGAGGCUAGUUUGCGGGAUUCUGAGUCUCGACGGCUGGUAGCCCGUCGUAAGCUCGUGCUCAGUUUGCAUGAGGCUCUGAAACAAGCCUACGAGUACGGGAGCGAUGAAGCCCUACCCGGAUACUUGAAACACUUACAGGAAGACUUUAUCAGCCGUAUGAAUGAUUUGGAGAUCUCAUGA